AUGGGAAGUGGUAGUAGUAGAAUAGCAAUUACUUUUGAUCGUGGAGAAACAUUCUAUUUUGCCAAUGAAAUUGUAUCAGGCAAAGUUCAAUUGAAUAUCAUCGGUGAUGAUCGAAUUAAAGUUGAUGAAGUUUAUUUAACUUUAACUGGCGAAAUUGGUUAUACGACUACGAAAACUCUAUACACAUCCAAAGGCGGUAAACAGACACGAACAGAAUAUCAUGAUGUCCCAUUUUUUCAGUCGAAAAUCGUAUUAGCACACCCCGAACCGCCACAAACGGAACUCAUUUAUACUGAAGGACAAUACUCGUGGCUAUUCUCUAUUCCAUUAACCGCUUAUUUACCGCCAACAGUUGGUCAACCACACAAAUAUCCACAUGUUUGUUAUUAUGUUCAAGUUGUUCUUAAUAAACCGUGGUAUAAACCGAAUACUCGUCAAACAUUUUAUAUAACCGUCUUUCCGCGUGUAAAUCUGCUACAUAUAACAAAUAUUUUUUUGUCCACAAUCUACGGUAAUCAGAAUCGAAAAGAUGUUACGUUGAAAGGAGCAUUGAAUAAACUUGGCUUUGUUCCAGGUGAAACCAUUUCGUCCACACUAGAAAUUCAUAAUCCAAAGCAUAUCCUAAUUAAACACAUCAAUAUUUCUUUAGUUGAUACACUUCAGAUUGCGUCUAACCGUCGAAGACAUUAUGUAUUUCGUACAACAUUACCGCGAAUUAUAAAUACUCACGACGAAACAAUAUGUGAAACAUUUUCAGUCAUCAUACCUUCAAUGUAUUUAGCACCAUCUUAUAAGUAUACGGGUGGUCUUAGAUCCACUGCUCAUGUCUGUAUUAGUUAUGCACUCAGAUUUGAAGUCAAAGUCGAAGGAAUAUUUACUAAUUUUGAUAUUACAAUACCAAUCACCAUUGGCACAGAACCAGCGCCGCCUCAGUUAGAAUUUACACCACAAAAUUUGUUAACCGUAACAUAUACUUCACCAAAUGAUGAUACAAACAUCUACGAAGACGACAAUGAAGAUUCUCCACCCAGUUAUGAAUCUGUCAUGGCAAAACGAGUAUGA